GCGAAGGCUGUGCGCAUGCGUUCCGUUUAUUUUUCCACUUGCGCGGGAGAGACACGAAGAAUUGGAAUGAAGGGGUGUUGUUGAAGUUACAUACGGAAAGUGUAGCUCGUACAAUCAGAUAAAUAUCUGUCGUUGUCUACGAGUGAAAUGGAGGAUGACUUCAGCCAGUCUCUCACACCGCCAGUGUCGCCCUUCGAGGCGGACAGUCAGUGCGAUUUCAGCCCGGCCCGGCCACCUUGGUUCUCCUGCGCGUUUGAACAGGGCCGGGACGAAUCCAGGACAGUGUCUUCGGAAGGUUAUAUCGCCAGAGGUUCGCUAAAGAGGCUCCUGCUAAGGCUGGAUCCUGCUCCAGGGGACUGCGAGGCAGACACUGUGGAGCUCUUUGGCUUUCCCUGGGUCACUGAGACUGCACUGGUCGAGUCCUCCAGUUUUCUCUUCAGCUUGUUCAAGCAGAAGAUACUCAGUCUGGAGUCUGUGGUGCAGAACAGCUCGCACGACUUCGGCCAGGCCAGCAGCCUCCAUUUUGAAGCAGAAGCUCUGAGGCAGCAGUGUGUGCAGUUUCUUCAGUAUGUGAAGGUCUUCACUUUCAGGUUUGUGGAGCCCCCUCGGACACUGGGGGAGGGAGACGUGCACCCGUAUGAGGACCUGGAGGCGCAGUUUCCCUCAGUGCUGUUGGAGGAGCUGUUUGGGGUCACCCUCCUCAUCGGACGACUCCGAGAUCUGCCCGCCAAUGUUCGGAGCUCCUUCACCAUCCACCACCAGGGCAAGCUGUUCCCUCCCUCGUGGCACCUGCUGCAUCUGUACCUGGACUGCCACUGGUCCCUGCUGGAGAUCUUGCACCUGCUGGGGGAGAAGAUGCAGAGUCAGGUGGUGUAUGCGCACCAAUUUGUGAAUCUCACCGGGGAGAAUCUGACCAGCACCAGCCUGUUUGAGGACCAUCUGAACAGUCUGCUGUGUGACCUGAUCAGCAUGGCGGUGGAUAAGUACAGCAAGGUGAGACCCACAGAGGCCCUGACCACCCACCACUACCAGUGCACCUGCACCAAGGAGCUGUGGAUCCUCACCAGGCACCUGCUGGAGCACAGGAGCAGGGUCAUACACACACAGUCCUUCUGGAGCUACAUCAGCGCACCACUCCGGGGUCUCCUGAAGGGAGAAAUCCAGGCCAGUCUCCCCACCCCCUGCAGGGAUGCCCUGGGCUUCACCUGGUGGCUGGUCACACAGCUGGCCGAGCUGGGCCAGUACAGCCGUAACGGAACCUUCCAGAGCGAGAAAGCAGAGGACAACUGGAGCUUUGUCCUUGAGCUGCUGAAGUUAACCUGCAGCCCUCAGGGAGGCCUGCAGGAGGAGCAGGUGCGGAUGCACGUUCACUGCUGUCUCAGUCUGUGUCUCCUGUGGGACUCAAACAGCAGUGCUGUCACUACCCUGUGGGAGUACUACUGCAAAAACCUUAACGCUUCCUUUACGGUGCCCUGGCUGGGCGUGGCAGAGCUGUGCUCCGUCAGCCGGACUCCCCUCACCCUAUUGGACAAAGCCAGGGUCUGCUGCUCCCCGGAGCCACGGAGCCCCUCCCUCUUCCGCUCCGCUGGCCACGCCCAGCUCUACCGCUCCUCCAACUCCUUCCACAUCUUCCUGCGCAUCCUGGCGCUGCACCUGUCCCAGGACAGCACGGGCAGCGGCGCCCCCUGGAGGCAGAUGAAAGGCAGGAUAUACUCAAAGUUCCACCAGCGGAGGAUGAAGGAGCUGUCCGAGGGCGGUCUGUCCAACUUCCUGCUGCUGUUCUUGGUGCUGGCGCGCGUGGGCGAGCUGGAGGACGUGGCCGCCCGGACCUUCGACCUGCUGGCUCUCCUGUCCCCGCCGCCCCUGACCCCCGCCCUGCUGGCCCUGGUGUGGAGGGGGCAGCUGGCCCUGCUGCUGCUCUUCCUGGAGAGGGGCCUGGACGCAGGGGCGCUGGCCCAGCGGCUGGGGGUAGCCUUCACCCAGGCGGCGCGCGAGUUCUACCUGAAGACCACCGAGGCUCCGCGGAAGCUGGCUCUGUGGGGGCUGCUGGAGUCCUACCUGGAGGGAGUGCAGGAGGUGUUCGAGACCAGCGCCUACCUUCACCUGUCUGAGGAGAGGCUGCUCAACGACGGCUUCAGCCUGCUGCUGCCCGCCUGCCGACAGUCAGAGAUCAACUCCGCCCUGGGCUUUGUGCAGAACAUCCUCGCCCAGCUGCAGAGGGUCCUUCAGCGCUGCUCCCAGCUCUCCCACGCUGCCGCCGCCUCUCCUCCUCCCAGUGUGGCUAAAGAGCGCCACCUAGCGGUGGCAGGUGCGCUGUGGGCCAACCUGUUCCCUUUCCUGCGCGGCUCCCGGCUAUCCCAGACCCCCCCGGCCCAACUGGCCGACUCCGCGGCAGGGUUCACACUACUGGCCUUGGAACUGCCCGGCUCCGCCCCCCAGGACCUCCAGCCCCACCCUGUCCUGUCCAUCAUGCACAGCUUCGGCUGGGAUGACAUGCUGCACCCCCUGCUGGUCACUCGCUACCUCAUCCACCUCCUCCAGAACAGGGCCCUCGUGUCCUCCGUGAGCUCAGCCGGGCCUGGUUCUGCCCAGGCCCAGUGCGUGCGGGCCUGGGUCCGGAGCGUCCUGCAGCAGCACGUCCACAGGAACGCAGACGGGACCGACAGCAGGGCAGGCCGGGCACUGGCCGAUCUUCUGCCAGAGCUCACCAGGCUGGUCUUCCAGCUGCCAGAGGUGGAGUCUCUACUACAGGGGGCAGGGAUUCCGUCUGGGGCCAGCAGGCAGGAGCCCGUGCCUGCUCUGGCAACCUUUAUCAAAGCUGUGGGCCGGGCCUACUCCAGGCUCGAGAGCUUGGCAGAGCGCUCCGCCAUGGUGACCAGAGCACUGGAGUAUGUGGGCGACGUCCUGAAACACAUCAAGCCCUACCUGGUGAACAAGGGCCCUCCAGAGGGACUGCGGCUGGCAUACUGGGCUGUGGGCUGUGUGGUGAAGCAGUGGAGCCCCCUUCUGGCCACGUCUAAAGCCCAACAGCUGCUCUUCCGCAUCGUGGAUGUGCUGCUCCUCCCCCACGCCGUCUUCCAGCAGGACAAGGGGCUCUCCCCUCAGGUGCUGUCCGCUGUGAAGGAGAACCUGCCUCUCUACCUUCAGGGCUUGUCGGUGGCAGCCGGUACGGCUCAGUUUCAGGGGGCGUACCUGAAGCAGCAGCUGCACAGCGUCACCUCCCAUUACCUGGGCCGCUUCCUCCCGGCCACUCCCUCCGCCGGCACCGUGGCCAAUCACCCCGUCCUGCUGGCUGUUUGUGAGACUCCACCCAACCCCCAGGGGGCAGCAUUGAGGAAGGCCAUCAUACAAGUGCUCAGUGAGAACUUCCUGCAGUUUAAGGGCCACGCCCCGCCCCCUCGGCUGGCCUCAGUCCUGGCCUUCCUGCUGGAGCUGCUGAGACGGACGAAGGACUCGAACCCUGAGCUGCUCACCCUGCCCCUCCCACCAGUGCUGCGCUGCCUAAUGCUGGUCAACGAGCAACAGGUGAGGAAGCUGAGCACAGACGCCCUGCAGCUGGUGGUGGAGAGGUGUGCGUCCAGAGAGGGACCAUGUGACCAGCUCUCCGCCGUUCUGAAGUGCUUCAUAGAAGAAAACACGGGUGUCUACGACCAACAGAUUUAUAGUGUUUUAGAAACGGUGGCAAUUCUGGACCAGUCAGUGGUGACCGUUCUGAUCCCUGUGCUAUCACAAAACCUGAGGACUACUGAGACCAAGAGAGGCCUGGGGAGGAACACCACACUGAGAAAUGCCUACAGGAAGCUGCUUUCUCACCUCGGAGAAGGAGGGCAAGUCGAGAUGAUCAGCUUGGAAGAGGAGUGACCCCUGAACUCUGACCCCUGACCCACACACACUGAGAUGUCUCACACAUCAGUGGACCUGUACCUCGACCUGAACCCUGUAACCUUCUGGACUUUGGUUGUGAAUAAGAUGAAAUUCUGUAUAAUGUGUAUAAUGUAUGAGCGCUGGUCUGAGAGUGUAGACGCAUGCAAAUGUCUGAUGUAAAAUAAAAUAUGGCCGUGCUCACUCC